UUAGAGACAGCCAGCUCUCUCCAGGAGAUCAGACUUAGAGCUGUCUGGAAGAAGGCCCACAGCUGUUGGAAAGUGCAGGAGUGAAUAAGAUGGACACCAAUAUCUCUCUCCUCAUGAACAUGUCUACAGGGAACCUCAUGAAUGUGUCUGCAAGGACCCAGUCAGCAUCUGCUGGCUACAUUGCUCUGAAUGUCUUCUCAUAUUUGAUGCUUGCAGUCACCUUUGUCCUUGGAGUGCUGGGCAAUGGGCUUGUGAUCUGGGUGGCUGGCUUCCGCAUGGUACGCACAGUCACCACCAUCUCUUACUUGAACCUGGCCAUUGCUGACUUCUGCUUCACCUCCACUUUGCCAUUUUUCAUCACCUCCAUGGCCAUGGGAGGACAAUGGCCAUUUGGUUGGUUCAUGUGCAAGUUCAUAUUUACCAUAAUAGACAUCAACCUGUUUGGAAGUGUCUUCCUGAUCGCCCUCAUAGCACUAGACAGAUGUAUUUGUGUCCUGCAUCCAGUCUGGGCUCAGAACCACAGAACUGUGAGUCUGGCCAAGAAAGUAAUCAUUGGACCCUGGAUGUGUGCUUUCCUACUUACCUUGCCAGUUAUCAUUCGUGUCACUACAAUCCCUGAUAAACCUAGGCCAGGGCAAACAGGCUGCGCUUUUGACUUCUCCCCAUGGACCACAGAUCCUGUAGAGAAGCAGAGGGUGAACAUCACCAUGUUCACCAUCAGAGGAAUCAUCAGGUUCAUCAUUGGGUUCAGCACACCCAUGUCCAUUGUUGCCAUUUGCUAUGGGCUCAUAGCCACUAAAAUCCACAGGCAAGGCCUGAUCAAAUCUAGCCGUCCCCUGCGGGUCCUCUCUUUUGUCGUGGCUGCCUUUUUCCUCUGCUGGUGCCCAUUUCAGGUAGUGGCCCUCAUAUCCACAAUCAGAAUCCGUGAACGCUUGAGUGGUAUGACUCCAAACCUCCAAAUUGCAGUGAAUGUCACAAGUUCCUUGGCUUUCUUCAACAGCUGCCUCAAUCCAAUGCUCUACGUCUUCAUGGGCCAGGACUUCAGAGAGAGACUAAUGCACUCCCUGCCUGCCAGUCUAGAGAGGGCCCUGACCGAGGACUCAGCCCAGACCAGUGACACAGGCACCAAUUUGGGCAACAACUCCUCUUUACCUUCUGAAGACAAUGUACAGGCAAUGUGAAGAAAGGGCUCCAACUUCAAGCUUCAUCUGCUUUGAGUUCCACUGUGCUAUAGACGUUCCCUGCUGACCUUCAAGCUACGCACUCAAUUGAAAAACUUGAGAUGACUUUUUGGACUUUUGUACCUCAAUCUGAGCUGGUCAAUAAAGAGAAAAGA